AUGAAGAAGCUGUGUCCUCGACUGGCCUUUGUUUCCACAUCUCUUGCUCCUUACCGGAAGAAGGAGAAGAAGAAGAAGUCUCCUUUGUCCCUACCACUGUGCAGUCUGAUUGAUGAAUGGCACCCUUCUCCACACGCAGUUGUUGUUGCUAACACUUUCUUUCUGCCAUUCUCCAUAAUUGUCGACUGUGUUUGUGACACCGCCAUUGCCUUCUGCUUGCAAAAUCGUAUUGCGGAUCUCGCAGAACUGCAUGCAUUCAAGUCACAUUUCAAAAGUUACUUGUCACUUGCGAGUCGCCGUAUUUGGAACGAUUAA